CCGCUUGGCCGCCAUGUUGAACUUCGUGUAGUGUUUUACUUCGUGCUUCUUCACGCUGUUUUCAAAUGAAUAAACCGCUGAAGUGGGAAUAAUGGCGAACGUAGCAACAGCCAUGGCCGCGGUUGCGGGAAGAGACCCUGCUGUAGACCGCUCUUUAAGAUCUGUCUUUGUGGGGAAUAUUCCAUAUGAAGCAACAGAAGAGCAGCUGAAAGACAUCUUCUCAGAAGUUGGGCUUGUUGUCAGUUUCAGGUUGGUAUAUGACAGAGAAACAGGAAAACCAAAAGGUUAUGGCUUCUGUGAGUACCAGGACCAGGAAACCGCACUCAGUGCCAUGCGCAACCUCAAUGGUCGAGAGUUCAGUGGCCGAGCUCUGCGUGUGGACAAUGCCGCCAGCGAGAAAAACAAAGAAGAGCUCAAGAGUUUGGGCACUGGAGCUCCCAUCAUUGAGUCACCGUAUGGAGACAGCUGCCCAGCUGAGGAGGCCCCUGAGUCCAUUAGCAGAGCUGUGGCUAGCCUGCCGCCGGAGCAGAUGUUUGAGCUUAUGAAACAGAUGAAACUGUGUGUGCAGAACAGUCCUCAGGAGGCUAGGAACAUGCUCCUGCAGAAUCCACAGCUAGCCUAUGCACUGCUGCAGGCUCAGGUCGUCAUGAGGAUCGUAGACCCUGAGAUUGCCUUGAAAAUGCUUCAUCGGCAAGCUUCUGUGCCACCCGUAAACCCAAACAGCCAGUCAGGGCCUUUGCCAGUGUCUAACCAGCCUCAUGCUCAGCCUAGUGCGCCAGUGUCUCAGCCUCAGGCCAUGCCAGGAAUGCAUGUGAAUGGUGCUCCCCAGAUGAUGCCACCUUCUCAGAUGGGCGGUGGAGUGCCAGGGCCAAUGGCAGGACAGGGGCCAAUGCCGGGACAAGGCCCUAUGCCAGGACCGGGGCCUCUGGGACCAGGAGGUGGAAUGCAGCCUCAGAUGGGGAUCCCCCAAGGAGGCCCUGUUCCUAUGGAUAGGGGUGCAGGAAACCUUCAGGACUCUCCUGUAGGAUCAUCUGGGCCGGCUGCUAUCGAGCGGCCGCAAGUGCCCAUGGUAGACCCACGGGCUCCUAUGCGAGGAGCCCCUCCAGGACCCCAGGGGAUUCCACCAAGAGGCCUGCUGGGUGAUGGUCCUAAUGAUCCACGAGGUGGAUCACUAGUAAACGUGGGAGGAGAAGUAGUGGAGCCCCGUGGUUAUAUAGGAGGCCCUCCACCGCACCAGGGGCCACCCAUGCAUAUGGCCCCUCCAGAUAUGCGUGGACCUCAUGACAUGAGAGGAGCGCCCAUGUUGGGAGAGCCCAGAGGCCCUAUGAUGGAUCAGCGUGGUCCACCCAUGGACUCUAGAGCCCCAAUUCCUCCAGGCCGUGAUCCUCGAGCUGUAGAAACUCGGGGUCCUGUGGGAGGCCAGAGGGUUCCUGUAGCAGGUGGAAUGCAGGGUGCUCCUUCUCACGCAAUUCCAUCAAAUGCUCCCCCAUCUGCCCGACCUGGUCCUGCACCUGAGGUGUCCUCUCAAGAUCAUGAAAAGGCUGCUCUAAUUAUGCAGGUACUCCAGCUGACUCCAGAACAGAUCGCCAUGCUUCCCCCUGAGCAGAGGCAGAGUAUCCUCAUUCUGAAAGAGCAGAUUCAGAAAACUGCUGGUGCCCCUUGAGGAUUCCGAAAAAGAAAAGCCCCCCCCCCCCCCCCCCCCCCUCCCCUUUUGCUUUGUCUGUCUUCCUUGUCUGUACCAAGUCUGUUCAUGUGAAAAGACAGAUUAUUUCCUGUUUCUGUGGGCGUGCAACAUGAUUUAACUGUUUUUGUUGCAAGCUUAACAUGCCAUUAUGGAUUUUUUUGUUUUUUUUUUGUUUCGGAGUGUUUCCACUGCUAGGAAUUUCUGAACCUUGAAACAAGUUUCUUCCUCUUGUUUUUAGGACUGAGAUAAGAAUACAACAUACCGUAACCAUACAGCAUACCAUACCCAUGUUUAUCUUCUCUGUUCGUCAUUGAAGGACUUAAGGCAUGUUAUUUUUGUUCAUUACAUGUUGCAGGGUUUUUUUUGACGUGUAAAUAUAUAGUAAUGGGGCAACUCCUGACUCAAAAUGCAAAAACAAAAAAAGAAUCUAAUCUCACUGGAACACAAAAUUACAUAGCUAGAAUUUAAUUUCAUUAUUGCCAAAGCUACAUUUGUGGUCUUUUUUUUCUCAAUAAAAAAAUUUGAGAAACUUGUCGUGGUUCGUGCAAGUACAAUACAAUCAAUUCGAGUUCAGGUGAAACCAACAGGCAUAAGGAAAUGACCAAUCUCGUGUGACUAAUCUAAUGUGGCUGUAACAAAUUAGCACUUUCUAAGAAACUUUAUCUUUCCCCACUUUGUCUACAAUGGCAAAGUUCUCUGUGGAGAAACAGACUUGUAUGUUUACUUAAUGAAUUCUCAUAUUUCGUAACUACAUUGUUGAACCCAGAACACCAGAAUUAUUUCCUUCAUAGCAGACGACGGCCACACCCAGAUUAAAGAAAACACCUUAAAUCCCACACACAAAAGUCUUAAAGAUUUGUAGUUACAUACAUGCUUACAGUUGACCUACAAAAUAUUAAAAAUCACUUCAAGCAGAUGUCUUUCAAAGUAGGAUAAAGGAGAUCAGUUGAUAUGCAGAGUAAACACAGGAUCAAUGUGAUUGUGUGUGUGGGCAGAUCUUAAAACUUGUACUAUAUUGAUUAGCAGGCUCAUGCUAACACUACUACAGAUACAUGAGGACAUAUUUUGUCUCUGCAGAUUUAUCAGUUUAGUUAGUUUCUAAAUAAUUUCCGGUCUCCAGAUGCAGGCAGCUGUUGAGUCACUUCAUAAACUCCCACUGGAAAGGGAAUGGAACACUGAAGAGCUUGUCCUUCUGG